AUGUCGUACACAAUCGCAGGUCGCAAAAUCCUUAACGAGCACAUCGCUCUUGGCGUUCUCGGCACUUACGGUGUCAUUGCUGCUACCCAGAUGGGCGGCUCCAAGGAGGCCAAGCCUUCUGCUGCUGGCGCUUCCCCGGACGCUAAGGCCAACGACCCCCCUAUCAACGCUUCCAGCUCCGACGAAGAGGCUUUCAUCAAGCAGUUCCUCGCCGAAGCCGAGGGCAAGUCUGACCGUCUCGUUUAA